CAGUCGGACAUGAUAGACAGACCCGAGCGGCUGUGACCUUUGCAAGAAAAGACAGCAAAGGCAGUGAUAGCACAUACCAAGUGGCGCUUGGAGCUACACAGAAUGAGGAGAGCUCCAGCGGUGACGGAAAGGAUACUCCCGCAUCUGCGGCGGGAAGUCAUCCGAUGAACCAGAAAAAGGUCACCGGGGAGGAAAUGCCCACAGGGAAAGGAGUGGAACCAGUUGGAGCAUCACAGCUGGAUGCUACCAUUAGCGGAACGCAUGAGCAGGAUAAAAAUGUGAACCUGGCUCAAGUGGAAGAGAGAAACACAAAGGUCACCGAAGAGGGAUUGACUGAAUUGGGAUUGGAUGACCUUUCAUUGAAUGAGAAAGCGGCAGAUGAUGACCUUUUUGCAACUCCAAUGGUCUCAGAUGAAUCCAACGAGUCAUACUUCACAGAUGAUGACGCAACGAUGAAUAUGUCCUUUCAAACUGCAAUGAAAGAGGCUGACCGAGCAGAAGAAGUGACCCCGUUUAAGGAUAUCCCCGAACAUUUAAUUGACCGGACACAGAAUGGAAAGGUUAUCAAUGUACGACCACAGUCACCAAACAGUCCUACGUUAACUCUUAGGAGACGCGUAAGGGAGCUGGAAAAUGAACUUGAUGCCACUGAACGUCAGGCGGACAAGCGGAAACAGGAGUAUCGAGACAGAUUAUCGACACUCGAAACUCGCUUAUUCGAAUUGGAACAGCAACAGGGUGACCUCCAGAGCUCCGCAGACGGUUGGAAAGUCAAAUAUGAGCGACAAAAGGAAAUUGCAGAAGAGUACCUAAAGAUGGCAGAUGACAGAGAAAUGGAAGGUCAUCUCGCCGUCAGUGACCUUAAUGAAAGCAUGUCAGAGGAAUCAGCAGAAAGGUCACGGCACUUAGCGGAAUUGAAGGACGAGUGUGACCAGUUGCGUCAAAAGGUCACUGAAGCUGAAACUAAACGGGACGAGUACGCGACCAAAUUCGCAGAGGUCACACAACGGUUGACAACACUGGCAACGGAGACGUUCAAACUAAGGAAUGACUUGAAGCUACGGGAGGAGGCUGUCAGUACUCUGCAACUCGAAUCGAAAGGUCAUCAGGAACGGGCUGACGAAGCUGAAAAGUCGCGCAAUGAGGCAAUCAAGGCGAUGCGAGAGGCAAGAGACAUUACAGCCACUGAAGGAGCACGCCUGAAAGAAGAAAUCAAAAAGGUCAACCAGGAGAACGAAAAGGUCACAGAAGACAUUGAAAAGGUCACUAAGGAAGGACUCAAAUGGCAGAAGGAAGCACGGCGACUGGACACAAUGGUCACAACAUUGGAGCUGAAGGACAAAGAGUGGCAACAACAGGUCGCUCAAAAGAGUCAGGAGAUUGCAAAGCUGAACACUGACCUCGUCGAGAUGACCACCACAGCAUUGGCAAAAGAUGAUGAGUUGAUCGCAAUCAAGGAUCAGCUGAGAUCAGCCGCUGGGCAGUAUCAGCAACUCGAAAAUGAAACGAGUGAGCUGGUCGAGCACAUCAAAAAGAUGGAACAGGAAAAUGAAAAGGUCACCCAGCAGGAGUCUUUUAAAUUGCACGAACACUUACGAAAGGUCAACCUGGAAAAUUCUGAUCUAAAGAGAGAAAGAGAAGAACUUCGACUGAGAACUAAACGAUUGGAAGAUGAGAACAAGGCACUCCAAACAGGAAAUGUCAAAGCAGAACAAGACGGUGAAAAGGUCAAAGACGAUAAGGAUAAGGAACCACCAUCAGGUUAUUCACACUCGAGCCGAGGUGAACCUUCACAAUUUCCCCCACAUAUCGAAGUCAACGCGUUCAUCGACGAAGGGCGACGGGACAGACCCCCUAGUCGGCAGGAGCGUCCGAGGAAAUCCCGCUACGCAAAGCAGAGGCGAAACCAAAACGAUGAUGAGAGCAGCGAAGAAGAAGACAACCUGAGAGGGGGGUUCGCAUUAGCGAAAGCGCUCGAUUCCAUGGCUCGGAAAACACCUCUGAUGACCUUUGAUGGCAGCCGUGACACCGUCAAUGGUUGGACAAGAUUGGUGAAAGAAACCCAGGAUACCUACCAGCUUACUGAUAAGCAAAUAAUGAUUGAAAUAGCCACCGCAGUAAAAGGGCCGGCCAAAGGUUGGUUCGAAGGAGAAAAGGACAUAGCAUCAGAAGACGGAAUCGAGUACACAGUCAAAGAAUGGAUGGAGAAAUUCAAAGACGAGUAUGGUGACCGAGACGAAGAAGUCUUAGGCUUACGAGAGGCCUAUGCAAGGAAGUUCGAACUCGGAAAGGAAUCACUUGACCAGUACUACCAAGCGAUGAUGCGAUUCAAAGCAAAGAGAAUCAUCACUGAGAAGCAGGCAGUUGGCUUCUUAAUCGAGGGAUGCAAAGGAGACAAUGAACUCUAUAAGGCAUUGCGCAUACAAAAGUGUAAGACGCCGACUGAUGUAAAGGACUUUUUCCGACACUGGGCAACAGGAGAUGAAAAGUACAAGGCGCCAAAAGGUCAACGUAACCAGGAAUACGUGACUAUCCGCCAAGGCCAGGUGGAGAAUGUACCGCAACAGAGAAUGGCGGCUGCACCAGCCCAGCAGCAAAUGGAUUUUCGCGCGGAAACCCCUGUAAGAGAGGUCACCGAAAGAGUGACCUUUAUCGAUGGCCAGACGGGGCAGCCAAUAACAUACGCGAUGGUGGCGGCGAUACAAGCGGCGGCUCAAAUGUGCCAGUAUUGUAUGUACGGCAACCACCAAACCCAGGGAUGCAAAUUCGCCAACACACCACCGGAACAGAACCCGAACCUGUUCGCCUUUAACGAGUGGCAACGAUUGCGCGGCAUGGGCGGCUCGGGCAAACUUCCCAAAUCAACAAGGAAACGGGAAUAA